CAGCCGGGGACAGGCGGCCCCUUCCCCACACGGGAGCCGGCGGAGGUCCUGGCCGGCGGCCGCCUGGGUGAAAGACUGACCGAAAUUGGCGCCAAGUGAGUGCGCAUGCGUCAGAAGGGGGGGAUCCUUGGCGGUAGCACGUGCUUGAGAGGGGCCCUAGGGACAGUCAGCGCGUGCGCAAUGGGGCAGGCUCCUCCCCGCCCCUCAGAGUUCACGCACGUGGGUAAGAGACCGAGGUUUCGUUCUCAGUUCCCCUGUGGAUCUACCGUUCCUCCACCCCGCUCAGUGACCCACCCACCUCUGGGUCUGUCCUGCCCCCCCCCCCCCGUGUCCCACCUUUCCCCCCACACUCUGCUGUGUGGCACCCCCAUGCCACCCUGUCUGCCUUCCCACCCCCCACCCCCAUGGGUUCACUCCAGUUUCAUUCUAAUCCGAUUUCCAGCGAGGGGCGGGUGAUGUGUGGCCUGCAGGCAGAUGGGGUGGAAGCAGCACUGCUGGGGGGGCAGUUACAGGGCCUCUGGGAGAGGUGGGCUGCACAGCCAGUAGAGCGCCCAGCCCCAUGAGGCCCUGACCCUGACAGCCCUUUGGGUGUUGCUGUAAUAGAAAUGGUUGGUAACUAAUAAAAGUCUUUCCUUGGAUGUGCUGGGCCUGAAUAGAGCAGGGGGAUUAUACCAGGAAGGGACAUGAGCCUCAACUCCAAAUGUACUGCCCAAGUAGUGGCACAGCUAGUUCUGCCCUUAGAAAGCUUUGGCUGUGCGUGUGCGGUUUGGCAUCCCAAGAAAGCAGAGUGAACAUGCACACUUCCCCCCUCUAUUCUUGCGUUCAGCCUUUGUCCAUUCCCAGCCUGCCCUGAUCUUGUUUUCAAACUCUUAAAUUGGCACUUUAGGGUUGUCCACCACAUCUCUGUAGCUUCAGUGCAGAGCAACACAGCCCUUGUCCUGAUCCAUCAAAACCCACCUAUUUGGCAACCAAAAUAAAAUAACUUGCAUAAUAGGUUCCUCAGAACUCUUUACAAAUGCUAAGUAACUCAUCCUAUCAACCAUCAGAGGAAGCUGAAAACAUCAACAGGGAAGACAGAAAACAAGCAAAGAAUUAAAUGGAGAUAACAAGAGGAAGCAGGUUUAUAGUGGAAGUAGCAGUGAUGAGGCUCAGCUGAGAUGCUCCCUAAAGAAUUACAAAACUUUGUGAUUCUUUAGCACCUGUGAGGUGCUAUUAUCCCUAACGUACAAAUAGAGAAAUAAGCAUGGAGAGGUUAAAGUGGCAGAACCAGGUGUGUGACCCCAAAGUCAUGCCACUCACUCUAGUGCUUUAAUUGCAAAGCCACUCAUGGGGGGGGGGAGGGGGAAUAAGAGCACUUGGAUGGUAAUAAAUUGUAGAGCAUGUGGGUGCCAUAUGCUUGCAACUGGAAAAGGAACUUGAAUACUUAUUUAGGUGUGAUUGCCUGGACAAACUGACUUGUGUGCAUUACAAUUAAAGUUACUUCUUGUUUGUUUAUAUAACUGCACCAAGUUUUAGUAGCCUGAACACAUUAGGACUUCAUUGUGCUAAUCAUUAUACAGACCGUGUCCCCGCACCACCAGCCCUGAGUUUACACUCUAAAUAGAGGAAAGUGACUUACUCAAGACCACCCAGCAAGUCAGUGGCAGAGCUAAGAAUAGACCCUACAUCUUCUGAGUCCCAGCCUAUGUCUUUAUGCAGUAACCAUACUGCCUCUUAAGUUGUGCCCAAGACACUAGGGCCUAGAACACCAUGGCCUUGUCAGUACAACUGUGAAUAGCACUUGCACCCCAGUUUCGCUCCAUGCAUGCCCCUCUUACCCUCCUCUACCCUAUCCCCCUUCCCUUUGCAUUUUGCCAAUUCCCUCCUAAGUACAUCUACACCAAAAAUAACUAUAUAUAUAUUUUUUAAAAUAUGGUACUAACAUGGCAUUUGCCACCAUCCCAUCAUUCACUCUGCUGGUGUGUUCUACCCCUUUUCCCACCCUGGAUCUAUCUAGUCUGUUUAGAUUGUAAGGUGUUUGUCAUAGGGACUGUCUACUAUUUUGUGUUUGUUCAGCACCUGCCUGUGGGGCCCCAUUCUUGAUUGGCCCUCAGGCACAACAUUAAUAAAAAUGAUUAAAAAGAUAACUGAUGUGGGAUAAAUCCCUCAUUUGUUCAUUUUGUUGGCAAAGGAGUGAACAUACACAUGUGACAUGGAUCCUGGAAUGCAUGCAUGAAAUCCAGGCUUAAAUUUGCUAGGCCAGAACAUUAAGAGCUAUUCUGUAAUGAGUGUUUACUAAGCUAUGCACGUUAGGAUAAAAGUGCCCUGAAUGCCUGGUUGCUUGCCUUAUAUGAAGGCCUCAAAGCCAUACAAAAUAAAUAACAUUGUUUGCUACAGUCACCUGUUAAACAGAACUUAUGAUGCCUAUAAAUGUGGUGGAUUCCGUAAUCAGGCUGAUAGUGAUUUCAGGCUGAUAGUGGUUUCUAGUCAUUUAUAAAUGCUUCUAAGAAGAUCCAGUAGAUGGUGCCAGGGGACCUUGCUGCAAGCCUUACAGAGCAAAACAAUCCGCUUGGGUGGGAGAGCUGAGCAAGGGUGGAACAUUUGGCUCUGUCUCAGACAGGAAGUGGUGGGAGGGAAAUAGCUAUUGCUGCUGGAAACGAGGCCUGCCGGAGCUGUUCCUGUGGCCUACAUGCUGACAGCCAGGCCAGCUUCAGUGGAGUCCUAAGUUAUCUGUCUGGCCCUAGGAGCAUUGCCCAGAUUCUGAGGAUGACCCUGGAAUGACUGAGUGCGUUGGAGCUGGUACUCCAUUCCACAGAGGUGCAGCGAUCCCCCAUCUGUUAGGAGUCAUAUUAAGGUAGUUUUAAGUCUGUUACUUGGGAGCAAGGAUUUUACAGGUGUGUUUCAACGAAGCAUUUAAAAUUUCCCAGGCCACUGUAGUUCCAUGCAGCCCAGAAUCUAACAAGAGUGAAAUCCCAUCAGGCCUUUUAGUUGCAGGCUAACGACUGUUUCUUAGGGGCAGCUAGGAAUGGAUAAGUUCUUGGUCAAAAGGCCUUCCCCAGGCAAGAACAAACAAGAACCCUUAGAGAUGAAGGGAGGAGAGCUGGAUUGGAUGAGAGAUGGGGGAGAGAAGAAAAGGCCCCGGUCACAAAUGCCAGGUGCAGAUGAAUCCUUUGUGCAUUCUCCAUGGAAGCAAAUCCGGGCUGAGGGUCUGAACUGCGAUUACAAGAUCCUGUUCAGCAAAACUGAGGCUGACAAGAUUUUCCAGGAGCUGGAAAAGGAAGUGGAAUAUUUUGAAGGUGAUCUUACCAAAGUGCAAGUGUUUGGCAAAUGGCACAACAUCCCAAGGAAGCAGGUGACAUAUGGAGAUCCUGAGUUAACAUACACCUACUCAGGUGUUACCUUUGUUCCUAAGCUAUGGAUUCCAGUUCUCAACCAUAUCAGAGAGCGCAUCACCCUGGCCACUGGACACACUUUUAAUUUUGUUCUUAUUAACAGAUAUAAAGACGGCUGUGAUCACAUAGGCGAACAUCAAGAUGAUGAGAGAGAAUUGGUUCCACGGAGUCCCAUUGCGUCAGUGUCCUUCGGAGCCUGCAGGGACUUUUUCUUCAGGCAUGGUGCUUCCCGAGGGAAAAACGCCUCAUGCCACAUUGAGCCAGUCAGGCUGCAGCUGGCCCAUGGCAGUUUACUAAUGAUGAACUACCCCACCAAUGUGUACUGGUAUCACAGCUUGCCCACCCGCAAAAGAGUGCUAGCCCCAAGAAUCAACCUGACGUUUCGGAAAGUGAUGGCUUUACCAAAAAAAUGAAGUUAUUUAACAACCUAACAUCUAGCUUUAACAGCCCCUUUUACUUCUGAAAAUGAGAACUUUCUUUCCAUGUCAUAAGUCAAUUUCUCUUUCAAACACGGCCUUUUCCUUUGCAUAUAUAGCAGGAGAUAGGAACCUAGCUGUGGUGCAAGCUAUGUCACGAGUGUAUUUAAAUUAGGAAAGCAAACGGGGAAUAACAUGCAGUUGUUUAGAUACAAAUAUGGUAACCAUUUGAUCUUGGAUGUCAAGAUUAUUUUCCUACAGCCAAGCACUACUGUAGCCUGAUGGUAUAUUUUUCUACUGCUAUUCUCCUUGGUUCAGAAGGGAGGUUUAUUGUUAAAUCCAUGGUAGUCCUAUCAGUGAGUAUGCCUUGUUUUUUGUUUUGAAGUCUCAAGUAUGUACAGCUGUCUACUAAAUACUAACGUACCAUAGAAUGUAAUAAUUCAGUAAGUCUGAAAUGUUCUCUACAAAUGAGUCAUAUAUAUUUUUUAAAUAAAACAAGAGUCUUCUACAAGAAGGGAAUGCUGAUUGUUUAAAUGACAAACUUCUCCUUCAUCAUUUACAAUGUGAUUGUAAGUGGUGUAGGUUUGGAAACAGGACUGCACAGUUCUGGAGCUUCUGAAGGUAUACACCAACAAAGCAGUAUGAACUGUUACUUAUCUUACAGUAUAAGUCUGUCGCAACCUACGCGCAUUUAUCAUGCACGAUUUCAGCUUUACGCUGGUCCUGGGGUACCAGCUGUGGCUGGGAGUCCCAGGGCCUUUAAAUCACCCAGGGGGUUCCCAGCUGCAGAGGUGGCUGGUAGCCCCCGGGGCAAACUAAAGGGCCUGAGGCUCCAGCCACCGUGGAGCUCCGGGCCCUUUAAGUGCCAGCCCCGGCCCGGCUGCCAAGGCUAUGGGUGGGAUUUAAAGGGCUCCUCCGGGCUCCCCGCCGCGGUGGGAAGCCUGGUGGAGCCCUUUAAAUGCCGCCGUGGCCUGGCUGCCGGCAGGAUUUAAAAGGCUUGGGGAUAUAAUUUUGAGUAUACGCGGUUUUCAUUUUAUGCACUAACCGCGGAACGGAACCCCCACGUAAGAUAAGACUUGCCUGUAACUAUGGUUCUUGGAGAUGUAUUGUCCAGAUGGAUUCUACUUUUGUUGCGUAUGUGCCCGAUAUUGAAUUCUUUUGGCCAGCAGUGACCACUGGGAUUGCGCCUCACCCACCCACCACUUGAGGGCAUAAGGGGCGAAGCAGGCCUUCCUCAGUUCCUUCACCAGUACAGAAUCCAGGCAGUAUAGGGCUAAUCAUCAUGAAGCCCUACACACCAGUGGCAGUAGUCAUUGAAUAUGCUGCCAUAUUAGAUGGGUCUAGAGCUGCCUGAUGAGAUGUUUGGCCCAUUAACUACCCCAGACAGUAGGGGACUAUGCUGUGGAAGCUUCUCUAUGAAUUGAGGCACUUUGAGCGCAGUGCCUGAUAACUGGAAAUUUGCAUCUGGAGACUAGCUGAGGAGCUAGAGCUUCCUGCUGAAUAAGUCAAGCUUCGUAGGAUUCUUUUCCCUACAUUGUGUCUUUGGAUGCCCCUGUUGCUUAGAUCUUUCAUCUAUUGCCGCCACCAUCAUUAGUGAUCUGGGGUGGGGGGUGCUGUAAACAUAUUCUAAUCUCAAAGGGUACCUGGCAGCACUUGUCAGCUCUUUUGGAAAUAGAUGCCACACUGAUGCUAGGAUCUGUCACAACUCCUUAGCUGGUUCUAACAAGUAAUGUAUAUGACAAACCUACCAGGCAUAGAGGAGUGCAGGAGGCCUAGUAAUGUGUGACUUUUCUUGGACCACCUCCACUGGACUCUCUGAAGUAUCUACCAUGCAUCUUGGAAGGCCUUGAAUUUAGCUGGCUGGCUAGGAGGAGGAGUAGGAGUGACUGCCUCAUCUGGUGAGGAGGAAGAAAUUUCUGUUGCGAACAAUUGAUCUUUCAUAUCCUGUUGCUAUUCUUCCUCACUGCUCUGUUCUUGUUGUAGGCUGUGGGUCUGCACCAGCUAACCGUGUUGAAUAGAUAUCUCUUGUCUUGAAGGGGAGGGAGACUAACUCUAGAGAGAGUAAUAGAAGGUGAUCCUAGGUUACAUAUGCUAGAGAGCCCAAAAUGGCCAAGAUUGCAUGCUGUUAUGAUACAGGGCUGGACACCACGUGGGUGGAAACCAUAAUGAAUGUUCUCUAUGAGAUUCCAGGGGCCUGUGCUUAUUAGGGUGAUCCAAGACUUUCUAUCAGACCAUUGAUGCUCAAAAGUGUGAAACUGAGGUGCAGGGGGAGACUAUCUUCCUUACUAUGUGAAGGAGAGAAAGAAAAUGAAUAUUCUUCCUCAUGCAGGGGAGCUACCAUUAGGUGUCAUAGGAUCCUCCUGCAACCCAGAAUUAACAGGUGAGCUUAUAAGUACCGGGGCACAUUAGAAGUCGGUACCAAGACAGAAGCACCUCUAUUGGCCGAUGAGGAUAGUAGGGAUGAGUCUCAAUGCAUGGUUACCAUAAGAUCACUCGGUACUGAGAAUGUCUUCAGAGCCAAGUAAAUCUGUGCUGGAAACAUCUGCACCAUGGAGUCUGGUGUCAGAAUCAUGCGCACCCAGGAGUUGGUAGCUGGGAAAGUGCAGACCAGCAUUUCAGGUGCCAUCUCUAGUACCUGAUGAUCAGCUAGUGCCGAGAUGUCAGAAGGACCCAAUCUGGGCUGUGAACUGCCUUUGGCUGAAGGCAUGAGCUGAUUCAAACCAUGGUGGGUUUUGUCUCUCUUACUGCAUACGGGCGUGGGUAGCCCUUGCCUGUGCUUGUCCCUGGAGCAAUGCUUCUUCCUACUCGUUUCAGACAAAGGCUGGGUGGAGGAGUGCUUGUUUGCUCUGCCAUACCCCCUAGCAGAGGGGUACUGACUCCUGGACAAAGAAUGUGCCUGGGAGCUCAAUAGGGCACUUCUCAAAAGAGACAGAGGAGGCUUAACAGGAUUUUUAAGCCCAGGAUCUGAAGAGGCCCUCAUUGAGCAUUCUAAAAGGAAGAACUAGGAGGCUUCCCUGGCUUUGUUAUACUCUUGGAAAAAGAGGAGCAGAUUGAACCUUUAUCAGAGAUAUAUACCUGAGACAGAAGUCUUCAAGAGUGUCAACCACUCAGCUGUACAGCAGCUUCGCAAGAGGGACAAAUUUUAAAUCCUGAGGAUUUAGUCUCAGCCACAGUGGUAGCUCCUAAGCGUACGUAUAGAUGUACUGCCAAAAAAGUGUAACAAAAACAACUAUUAACACUAACUAAAGAAUUAUACUAACCUAACAACCAUUGCUCAGUGUGCAGAGUACAUGGAUGCUACGGGGGUCUGUCCCACUGCUAUAGGCAGUAAGGAACUGGUUGGGCCCUAUAUGCCCUCAUGUUGUAGCUGCAGGCAUGUCCCCAAGAGACAAUGCUGGCCAAAAGAAUCCAAACUCAUGCUUAGGGGGUCUACAAACACAAACACUUCAAGAACUGGUUGCCUUUAUAUGUGUGCUGGUGUAUCCCUCACAUUGAUAUUUUACUGUG